AUGCAACUCGCCUUUCUGACCUUCCUCCUGGCUUCUCUUCUUGCCGUCUGCAAUGCCUCUCCUACACCACUGUCUCCAGCUCUCAGUACGCGCCCACAAGACCGAUACUUAUCUGUCAGACAAGCCGGCUGUAACCAAACACUAUGCGAUCAAUGCCGGGAAGAUGCCGGAUGCACUGCUGGAACCCCUGCUUGCUUCGACUGCGAUACCUCGCCAUACUGUGAAUGUGACGUUUGA